UGAAGUUGGCUGUGCUAAACGUGACACAAUUUUCUUUGUGAUAGUUCUUCAUGGAGGAAAGCAAGAAGAAUUCCUUCAUCUUAGAUAGAGUUGACUACAAGGGUGACCCUGCCGAUAGGAACACAACGGGUGGUUGGGUGCCUGCGGCUCUAAUCGUAGUUAUUGAAGUAAGCGAGAGACUGUCAACAAUGGGAAUAAUUGUGAACCUUGUGACGUAUCUGUAUGGCACAAUGCAUCAGUCUAGUACAACCUCCUCAACUAUCACAUCAAAUGUAGCAGGUACAUCAUUUCUUCUGUGUUUGCUUGGAGGGAUUCUCGCCGAUUCUUUCCUUGGCCGAUAUUGGACAAUCGCCAUUUUCUCUGUAAUUCAUGCACUGGGGACAUGCAUGCUGGCCAUAUCGGCAGCACUGCCAGAGCUACGCCCUCCUGCUUGCAACCAUGAUUUUCCUUUCAAAUGUGAAGAGCCCAGCAGCUUCCAAAUGGGCAUUUUGUAUACUGCUCUCUACUCAAUGGCUCUAGGAGUCGGUGGAAUAAAGUCUAGUGUUUCAGGGUUUGGAACAGACCAGUUUGAUCAAAACGAUGAGAAAGAAUUGGCUGAAAUGGCCCAUUUCUUCAACAGGUUUUACCUCAUCAUCAGCUUCGGAACCCUACUAGCCGUUACCGUGCUUGUUUAUGUACAAGACCAAGUGGGACGGAGCUGGGGAUAUGGGAUUUGCUCGGCCUCCAUGUUUCUCUCAAUAUUUGCCUUCCUUAUCGGGACUAAAAGAUAUAGGUACAGGGAGUGUACCGGAAGCCCUAUCAUUCAAAUUCUACAAGUUAUUGUGGCUGCUAUAAGGAAAAGGAAGGCCGAGUUUCCACCUGAUCUUAGCUUCUUGUAUGAGAAAGCUUCUGAUAACGAAUCAACGAUCUCUCAUACAAAUAAAUAUUGUUGUUUAGACAAGGGAGCAAUCAUAACCGGCAUGGAUCGCGGACCUGACGGGUUAACGAUUUCCAAUCCAUGGGGACUUUGUACAGUCACCAAGGUGGAAGAAGUAAAAAUGUUGAUAAAAAUAUUGCCAAUAAUGGUUGCAACGAUAAUCUUUUGGACAAUACGUGCACAGCUGCUGAGCUUCUCAGUGCAACAAGCUGCCACCAUGGAGAGAUCGAUCGGAAAUUUCCCAAUCCCACCAGCUUCAUUCAACGGCUUCUUCGUUGGAUCCACAAUUAUCACUCUCAUCAUAUAUGACCGCAUACUGCCUUUCUGGAGACAAUCAGCCAAAGGGGUUCACGGUUUCACAAAUUUGCAAAAAAUAGGGAUAGCCAUAUUCUUAAGCAUUUUAGGAAUGGCAGCUGCAUCAUUUGCGGAAAUGAAACGAUUAGAUGUUGUUAGAGCCAAUAGAGGUAGCACCUCGAGUACUCUACCAAUAACUGCCUUCUACUUGCUUCCACAAUUCGUCUUGGUUGGUAUCGGGGACGGGUUUAUGUACACUGGUCAGCUUGAUUUCUUCAUAACCGAGUCACCCAAAGGGAUGAAAGCAAUCAGCACCGGCCUGUUCCUCACAACCAACGCCCUUGGUUUCUUUGGAAGUAGCAUUUUGGUCACAAUCAUAAAGAAUGUCACAGGGGAAAAAGUUGGGCAUGGUUGGCUACUCUCCAGGUUAAAUGAUAGCAGAUUGGAUUGUUUCUAUGCACUGCUGGCUGUGUUAGGGUGUAUCGAUUUGGCAUUUUAUCUGGUUUUGGCAUCAUGGUAUAAGCCAAAUCCUGUUGAAGAUGCUCAUCUGAAGAUAAAUGGUAAAGAAAAAGUGUGAUAGUCAAUAGUUAUAUUAUUUGUUCAUACUCAUCUUGUACAUAUAUUGUACAUACACUCACAAUGAGUGUGGGACCCAUAUAUGUGAAAUCCAUGUAGGAUAGGUCUUACAUGCAUGGUCCUACAUCCAUUUUGAGUUUGUGUACGAUGUGUGUAUAAAAUAUGUAUGUACAAAUAUCAUUUUAUAAUAGUCAAACCAACGUUAUUUUCCUUUUUGCCCGUGAAAGUGAAAAGUAUUUCAUUUCCUGGGUACAUUCCCCGGCCAUAUAUGUUUGUAACACAUAUAUUUCUGUUGUGGAACAACUACUAGCUUGUUCAAUAAGAGGAACUGCAUCUGUUUUCUUUAA